AUGUUUGGAAAAUCUUUUGUAAUCCUACUUUUGUUGGUGACCCCAGGAGAAGCAAGGAAGUCAUUUCUCAGUUUCCUGAAUGUACAAAAUUCAGAAAUACUGUCAUUUACAAAGACAAAGGAAGCUGUCAUCGUAAGGUCCAGUUACAAGGACAAACGGCCAGACUCCAGCUACCUUUUUGUGAAGGUAGAAGAUCCAAAGGUGCUGCAGGUGGUCAACGUGACCAAGACCUCGUGGGACGUUACAGACUUUACCCUCAGCCUAAAGACUUUCCCGGGAGAGACGAACAUGACCAUUCAGCUCUGGACUUCUGAAGCUUGCAGCACUGCCGUAUCCGAAUCAGAACAUCAGACACUGCUGUGCACUUCCCGUUCAGAAAUCACUUGGCAACAGAACGGACCACUUGUGCUGAAAUCCCUGAGUUACCUGACAGUGGUUCUGAAGAAGCAGCUGAGGCUGCUAUAGACAGACAAACAGAACAAAACUGGAGUUCCUGCUCAUCUGCUGGAGGAAGCUAGCAACAGCUUUGAUGUAGACGAAUCCUGUAUGUAGUCCCUCAUUUAUCUUCCUUCAAGAUUGAUUUUAUCAGCUUUACCAAGUCAUGAGAGAUUUAAAGAUGCCACUUCUUCACGUGCCUAGAGAAUUCAUUUGCUCACAUAUCUAUGCCUGUCAGCAGACAUUUGAUAAGAUUUUAUUCUAUUUUAAAAUGGUUGAAGACCUUAA